AUGCUUUUUGGAAACAGUGGACUAUUGUCUAAUUGCAGAAGGCAGACUGGAGUAAGGAUAUUAUCUAGCCACGAUUCGGACAUUUUGUUACCAAUCACCUUUCCAAUGCCUAAGCCGGAUCAGACGGACUCCAAAGCUGUCCCAGUCAGGGAUCCUUUGUUUGACCCGUAUGCCUCUCCCGGCUCUCAAGGUUUGGAAUCCCUUGAACCUGUACCGCGGGGAGACAGCUCCUCGGUUACAACGAUUUAUACCCUCGCUCCCAGCAACGCAGAUACGCGGCCCAGAGCCACAGCCGCGCCACUCUUCAACUUGCCCACCCCGACGCAGUGGGGUGCAAGGCCAAGGGAAACGAGAGAGCGGAGGGCCAGCACAAUGUUUACACAGCUACAAUUGGAUAGCCGGCGCAGUCUGGAAUCCAUACCCGAGCAAACCGGUGGCCGACCGUGGCUGUUUUGGAACAGGACGACCGAACAAACGGAAUGGGAAACAUACCGCCGUGGCGCCCUGAGUUGGGAUUAUGCGGAAGUCACCCCGUGGUCGGGGCAACAAGAUGUAAGCGAGCACCAAUGGGUGCAGCUCCAGAGCCGGACGAUUGCCAUUGACUCAGGGAUCUCGGCAAUCACUGGUCUGACGAAAGGAGUGUUAGCGGCGAGAUCUCAAGAGGAACAAGGGUUAGAAACACCCUUGCCGUGGCAGCAGACGUUAACCAUGGGACCGCCGCCCGAAACUAUACCGACUUCACAGACGAUGGGAGAUGUGGGGUCCACGGAAUUACGGGAGGAGGAAACUACGGAUAGAGUACAGCUGUUGGAGAACAGACUCUUAAACAUGGAAGAAAGUUCGGCGAAUGCCGUCCACCUGCUGUCGGUGCUAGUGGCGGGAGACAGAGGUCGAGUUCCGCCAACUGGUCUACCUGACAUCAGCCAAAGUUUGGCUUACCUGCAAAAUCAGCUGUGGCCGCAACAGCCACCAGAGACGGGAGACGAUGACUCGGUCACCGGGGAAGGACCCGGCCCAGAUGAUCCUUGCCCCGAUCAAUCGAUUGUACCAGGAGAUGUCGGCACCGGCGGGGGAGGUGGAGAGCCAUGCCCAGAAGACCCUCGUCCCGAUCGCCCUAUAAUUCCGACGGGCAAUGGGAAUGGAGGAGGUGGGGGAGAACCAGGAUGACCGCUAGAGCCAUCUUCCCCGGUCGUCCCACCACCCACAACUCAAGCGAAUCAGCCCCCAAGCCUUCCGAGAGGAACCACACCACCGGUCAUCCCAGGAGCGGACAGGCCUCUUCCGACGCCGGGGCCGCGAGGGGAUACGGUUCCUCUUCAACCCAUCUCUCCUCACCCACCUCCGUUGUGGCCAGCCCCCACUCCUCUUCAGCCAGCACCCAGGGGCCCACCGAGGGAGCGUCCGACACCUGCUCGGCCAACACCAGUACAUCCGGCUCCAAGAGGACCCCAGCCAAUCCCCCAGCCGAUUCCGGGGGCGCCGGGGAUUCCCCAGCCGAUUCCGGGAGCGCCUCUGCCGCACCAACCUCCCCCCAUAGUUCUCCUUUUCAUUCUCCCCCACCUCCUCCUGGUUCCUACAGCGAGGAGCGGACAAGAUCUUCCCAUGGGAUGGGUCAAACUGGACGCUACGUUUGAUGGAGACCCUUCCAAAUUGGGAUUUUUCCUUGUGCAAGUGGUGCAAUUUUUCAACCGAUUGGGACAUCUUUUCGGGAGUGAGGCCAGUCAAAUAGAGCACCUGGGAUCACGUCUCCAAGGUAAAGCUGCCGAUUGGUAUGUGGGAUUGUAUAACGUGGGGGCCCCCGAAUUAGAUACGCUCCAAGGGCUAGUGGAUGCGAUCCGAGCCCAGUAUGAAGACCCCCUAGAAGAAACCAGGGCCAGAACGGAAUUGCAAGCAAUUAGGCAAGGCAGCAUGUCGGCUAGAGACUAUGCUACAAAAUUCCGACAGCUCGCUGCCAAAUGCCCAAGGUGCGAGGAGUCGACCAAGAUUAUUUUGUACAAACAAGGGUUGAAUCCUAAACUGCUGGACCGAGCUCUCAUGCAAGAUAACCCUCCUACGCUGCUAGGGUGGAUACAAUUGACCUGCGAAGUUGAAAAUCGUUUACUAGAAGUUCGUUUAGUGGAACAACACCAACAACCUCUGGGCCAAAGACGGUCCUCCACUCCCCUCCAGGGAAGCCGGGGGGCUGGAUACGCUACUCGCGGAGCGUACUCAUGGGAUAGAGACGACCCCUCCGCAAAUUCAUCGAUCUCAAUCUUCAAAGGGGAUUCAUCUGCCCUGCUAGCAGCCCCCAUGCCGCGCCGGUGCUCUUCGUCAAAAAGAAGGACGGGGGCUUAAGACUGUGCACCGACUUUCGGGGACUCAACGCCGUCUCCUCCAGCAACGCCUACCCCAUCCCGCUCAUCAGAGAUCUACUCAACGUCGUGGCUCAAGGUGAUCUCAGAUUGCGGCGGACAAUUCGUUGCCAACUUCUGGCGGGAGCUGUUACAACUGCUGGGCAUUGAACAAGGUCUCAGUUCAAGCCAUCACCCAGAAACAGACGGACAAUCAGAAAAAACUAAUCAGAUAUUAGAGCAAUUUCUCCGUUGUUACAUUAAUUUCCAACAAGAUAAUUGGUUUGACUUGCUACCCCUGGCGGAAUUCUCAUAUAAUAACAGCGUCCAUGCUUCCACGGGAGAAACUCCCUUCAAAGUCGUCUAUGGCUUCCACUUCAAACCAUUUCCGUUUGAAGCGCUCCCCCCUCCUACUACAGCUUCCAAAGACGUCACCGAAUGGUGGGGGGAAGCAGCUCAACAAUGGAAUCAAAUCAAAAAGCACCUCGACAAGGCCAAACAGGAUUAUAAAAAGUACGCCGACCGCCACCGUGCGGCGGAAUGGGAUUUACAACCAGGCGACCUUGUUUAUCUUUCCACGAAGAAUCUGAAAGUAACCCAAACCAGCCGCAAGCUCGCAUUAAAGUACCUGGGACCUUUUCCUGUUCGCAAGGUAAUCAACAAAGUGACUGUUGCAUUAAAUUUACCAAAGAAUCUACGCCACGUACAUGAUACCUUCCAUGUCAGUUUAUUGAAGAAAGCCCCUCCUGCAGACCAGUGGCACACCCGUGCUCCUCCCAUCCCUACAUUAAUCGAUGAUCAAACCCACUACGAAGUUCAACAAAUAUUAGACUCUAAAGUAAAACGUAAUCAGUUGUUUUAUCUCAUCAGGUGGAAGGACUUUGACUCUGGGUUCGAUGAGUGGGUGAAUUCUGUACAUGUACACGCUCCUAGACUAGUUAAAUCCUUUCAUUCUCGUUAUCCACAUAAACCUGGGGGGGAAGCAUCUUAGAGGGGGCAGAAUGUCAGGUUCAGAAUGCUGUGUUGUGCUACUUCGCUUAACCGACUCCAUCUUUAAUCCUUUCAGUGUUUAAGUGCUUUCUCCCCAGGUGCCAAGGUUCCCAGGCAGCUAUCUCACAGAAGAGGAUUGUUUUGGCUACCGACGUUCCACCAAGAACCGGCCUUGGGAACUUUCGCUAUCCUGACUUCAAAGGGAAUGUUUUGAGAACUAUGGGGGGAGGUUGGGCCUUCUGUGAUCUGUUACUUUGUACCUCAUGCUUUGCUAGUCAUUGGUAACAAUGCAUAUGUACCAACCUGAAUAUUGCAUUCAGGCCUGUGGACUAUAAUGAUCUUUUUCUUCAUUAAAUGCUUUUUGGAAACAGUGGACUAUUGUCUAAUUGCAGAAGGCAGACUGGAGUAAGGAUAUUAUCUAGCCACGAUUCUGACAUCAGCGCCCUCUUAGCAUUACACUGAAAUUCUACCUUCUUGAUCACGGCUAUUAACUUAGGUUGCAAUUCUUCUUUAACGUAAAUCACAAUUCUCUUUUUUUGCUUUGUUGCCGAAAUAAACUGUUUUCCCAAUUUCUUAUUUAAUAAAUAUUUUGCAUCCUGAUCUCUUAUAUGGGUUUCUUGUAAACAAAUCAAAUUACAUUUUUGUUUGGCCAACCAAUGAUGUAUUGCUUUUCGUUUAGAGGGAGAAUUAAGUCCAUUAACAUUCCACAAUAAUAAUUUGUACUCCAUAUUUAAGAUUUACUUGUACUGGGAAGGUCCUUUUCAUUGUCCUUCAAAAACACAUUCAUUGCAUAUUUUGUCUUGAUCACGUGUCUCGCAGAUUGAAAUUCAAAACUCAAACCUUCAGGUAGCUCCCAUCUAUACCUAAUAUCUGCUGUCUUCAAUUUCUGCGUCAAAUCUCUCUAUUUUUUCCGCUCCUGUAACACUUUCCUCGGUACUUCUUUCAUUAUCCGGAUCCGUGUCCCAUCAAUCUCCAGUGGGGACUCAAAAUGCUUUCUAAUAAUUUCUUCUUUCAUUCUCUUUGUAGUUAACUGGACAAUUAUAUCCCUCAGCAAAUCCUUUUGCUGCGCAUACUUUGAAUUAACUCUAUACAUUAUAUCCAAAUGCGCCAACACCUCUUCUUCCUUUUGGUCCAGAAAUUCUGCUAUUAUUUCUGUAAUUUGCUUCAGGGCCGAUCCACCCAUUUUCUCCUGAAUGCCCCUAAAACUCAGUUGUUUUUCCGUUGCUUUACAUUCCAUCAUCACCAUUUUAUCACAAACGCCCGUCAUAUCUGUUUUUAGUCCCUCUGUCUUCUUUUCUACAUCUUGCACCUUUUGUUGUGUAACUUGUUGCUCCAUUCUUAACUCAUCCAUUUCUUUCCUCAUCUCCGCCGCUUCUGCUUUAAUAGCUUCUCUAAUUUCCUUCAUUAAAUUCUGUUGUAAUUGCUUAACCAUUUCUUGAGUCUCUUUAUUGCCUUCUGUUACUUUUUUUAUCAAGAUUCUCAAUGGCAAUUUGCCAGUCCUUAUCCUUAUCUUUUUUCGAAGUCAUUGGGCUUACCUUUGCACUCCACGAGUCUGCUCUCUUUCUUAACUCCAUUUUCACUUUGUUACUCUUAGCUCACUUAUUUAGCUUAAGUCCAAUCGGUUCCAAAAGGUACAAACAAAAUAAAAAAGUUUUUUCCCUUUUCCAAAAUGCCGGGUGUCUUUUCUUUAUUGUAUAGUCAAUGAGUCUGCCCUCAUUCAAAAUGGCAACUUACGCUUCUUUCUAGCUUCAAAAUGUCGGGCGAUCUUUCUCUAUGGUAGUGACAUCAUAUCUUCUCCUCUCUAUGAUCUAAAUGGCGGGCUUUCCACUUCCUUUUCUCCACAUUGUUUUCCUUCCGCCUCUUCCUGACCUGCCUCUUGCCACUCUAUCUGUUCCUCACUGGUAUUGUAGACAGAUCUCUUCUCGCAAGCUUUCCACUGCUUCCCACGAUCCUCCUCUUCGUGUCGCUAUCUCCCCGACCACAAGUAUGCAAAACAAAUCUUCCUUUUCACUCUUUUUAGCUCUUUCCCAAUUUAAAAGUCACACUUUAACACUCCACUUUGUUGUAAACACUCUCCGCUUUAGGUCUUUGUCUUUUAAACUCUUUAAUUUCUGGCCUUUGCGUAACAAUUGAGUCCGUUAGGGGAGGUAGUAAUCUCUACUUCUCAAACUUCUCUUGGGUUGUACUCACUGUUUUCUUUGUUCAGCUCUACUUAAGUCCGUUGCUAGAACUUGAGGCACGACGGUCCUAUGCCAAUUAAAUGGCUCCAAAGGCUGCUGCAGAGAUAUUAGCCGCCCUUCAACGAGGAGAUCUCAAGGCUGGGGGGAGAGUCCUUAAUUCAGAACCCCCCACCCGCCGAGAUCAAUCCCUCUUAGGACCACAAGCGUUCCUGCCUGAUUUCCGACUGAAAUCAGGGGGCUGUGGGUAGUCGAGGCACCUCACCAGCCAAAAAACAGCACCUCGGAUGAUCCAGCUCCCUGGGUCACGUCAGACCGCCAUAAUCCCCAAGCGGAAGUCUCCCAUAAGCACUAGCUUUCUCAAGGGCAAAGAGAAUGCUCCACCAGCUCAUUUCAAACCGGAUAUGUUAUAUAAUAUUGCAUAUGUUUAUUGAAGCUCAUUGUAACUUUUUUGAAGCUGAUGGAACCUCACAUGGACUGAAGGAGAUUUCUGUUCAUUAUCAUCGUAAAUGUUUAUUGAAGCUCAUUGAAAUUCUUUGAAGCUAAUGGGAGCUCAUUUGGACUAAAAGAGAUUUUUAUUUAAUAUACACUGGACUGAGUGAGAUACUAUUUGGAAAAGUGUUUGUUUGAAAUCAAUAGAAAACGGUUGAUACUGUGUAUUUAUAUGUAGAUGUAUUGUAAUGUUUGUAUUUAACUAUUUAACUAUUCUGAACACUUAGUAUUUUGAAUACAUUGGAUUCACUUUCGUAUGACAGAGAGUUUUUGGUUUGUCAAACUGUGUGUACAGCCUGAGAGAAGAUCUGAGUGACUGUGUCUAUGAAAAGUAACUUUAAGAACAAAUAACACUCUUUUGAAACCAUCAAGCUUAAGAAAUAAUAUGAAACUGAUACGCUUAUUGUAAAAAUAAACGUUUAUUUUGUUUUUUUUCCAA